AUGCAACGAGUCAACCCCGAGGGCUGUCUCUUGAGAUCACUGGAGUUGAACGUAUUGCACCGCCGCAGUUACCAGGUGUACGGACCCUUGGCACUGUGGCACUUAGACGGAAACCACAAAUUAAUAAGGUAAUGUACAAAGUGUUUAGAGAAUGCUAUUAUACCUUGCGAUAGCUCAAAAUUAAAAACAAACUCGAUGUCCCUAAAAAAAAAAGUAAAUAAGUUUAAGUAUUAAAACUUUCCUAUGCUGCAUGUAUACUCCCCAGAUGGAGAAUUGUCAUUCACGGCGGCAUUGAUGGAUACUCCAGAAUGAUUGUUUUUCUUCAAGCUGCCACCAACAACAAAGCCUUGACUGUUUUUCAGUGGUUCCAGUCAGCAGUGCAAACUUACGGCCUUCCAUCACGUGUAAGGACGGACAAAGGUGGCGAGAAUGUGGAAGUAGCAUGGUUCAUGUUAAACCAUCCUUUGCGUGGCCCAAAUCGUGGCAGCCACAUAACGGGAAGAAGUGUGCAUAACCAACGAAUCGAGCGUUUGUGGAGGGAUGUGUUCUUGGGUUGUACAUACCUGUUUUACUAUCUGUUUUAUUAUAUGGAGAACUGUGGUAUUCUAGACCCUGAUAAUGAAGUUCACCUAUUUGCCUUGCAUUAUGUCUACUUACCACGAAUACAAAGAAAUUUGGAUCUGUUUACUGCUGGUCACAACAGGGGCCCACUGAGCACGGAGCACAACGCCUCACCUGAGCAGUUGUUUAUUCAAGGCAUGUUAUCAGUAGCAAACAGUGAGCAGAGAACAGCAGUUGAAUUCGCUAAUCAGGUAAAACUAUUUCUCUUUCGCAAAAUGUUUCAGGUUAUGUUUGGUAGGGAACAAAUAUUAGGUACUUUUGUUGUUGUUUUGGCAAAGAUGUUGUCUAAACAUUCCCUCCAUAGUUAUAGGUAGUACGUGAAGGCUACAACACAGUCACGUCACCACUUCACGUAGUAUUAUUGUUGUUUUAUUGUUGUUUUUAUUCAUGUCGUUAAUUUUCAGAGUGAAAUUGAUGCAUAUGGCAUUGAUCUGGAUGGACCUGCACCUUCCGAGGAAUGGGACGGUCCAAUUAAUGAUGAUGUAGGAACUGUUGAAGUGCCUUCUACAGAAUGUCCACUAGUAAACGAAACAUGGCAAUUACUAUCAGCUACUAUUGGUCCAUUGAGCAUCUCAGAUGUCCAUGGCGUGGACAUAUACCUGGAAACAAUCACGCUCAUUCAAAACAUGAUAUAGUGUUGAUGUGCUUAAACGUAAGGUGUUCAACAGCUUUCUUUCCUACUUUUAUUCGCUAAACUGAACAACUCACUAAAAGAGGUUUUGCACGGCGGUCAUGUUGCAUGGCAGGGACAAUGAAAAUGUUUUGCAUUACAAAGAACAAUUUUCCCCAUAGGAAAAAGAAUCUAUUGUUCCUGCCAUACAACAUGGCUGCCGUGCAAAAACCUCUAUAGCCAACAGAUUCCUAAUCAAAAUCAUUAGGGUCAAGCUACAACUCAACUUUUAAUUAAAUCAUGUGAUCGUCAUGUUGCUACAAAUAUUGCUUGAAACAUUUUUGAGAUAGCAUGCAAAAUAUGCAUAGGUGCAAAUCAACAAUAACUGAACGGUAACAGAAGUGUAACGUCAUUAAAAAAUAUUCACUGUUAAUAAAACAAGGAAAGGAGUUUUUAUUUUUUGCUCCUCCCUGAGUCUGAGAUGUUAGAAGUUAACCUAUCAUGGAAAUGCCCUUGCAUCAGAAUUAUUUGAACUCUUUAGUCAGGUUACUCUUUAAAGGGACAUAGUCAGCAUGCAC